ACAACAUUCUUAAACGUCAACAUCUCCGCACGGUCUCACUAGUUCGCUUUCACCAACGGAAUAGGCGGAGGCGUCGUCGAUUUUCUGUAUCACCCAUUCUCGUGGAUAGACCCAUGUAUGGAGCUUGGUUUACUCUGAUUCCUGUUUUGAGAGAGUUUGACAAAGAUGAGUACUUUAAGUUUAUGAGAAUGACUCCUGAGGCCUUCGAUUGGUUAUUGGAAAGAGUUUCUCCUCUGAUAGUCAAAAGAAGCAAUCGCCCAGCAAUUUGUCCGGGUCAAAGGCUAGCUGUGACAUUGAGAUUCCUUGCUUCAGGAGACAGCAUGGCAUCCCUCUCUUACCUCUUCAGGAUAUCUGACCAAGCAAUCUCCGAUAUUAUUUUGGAAACAACAGCUGCCAUUUGGUACGCCAUCAAGGAUGAAGUUUUUGAACCCCUCACUGAAGAUUUGUGGAGGAAGAAGAGUGCAGAGUUCGAAUCCAUGUGGCAGUUCCCCAAUUGUGUUGGAGCAGUAGAUGGAAAACAUUGCUUUGUUCAAAAAUUUCCCAUGAGAGGCUCUGAGCACUUCAAUUAUAAGUUUGGGCACAGCGUAAUUCUCCUUGCAGUGAGUGAUGCAAAGUACAAAUUCACAAUUGUUGAUGUUGGAGCUAGAGGCCGUGAGAGUGAUGGUGGUGUUUUUGCUCGUUCUGAGUUUGGGAGGCUUUUUAAUGGACAUGAACUUGGGCUUCCGCCUCCUUCAUAUUGUGAAACACUCAUGACAGAUUUGCCCUAUGUGUUUGUAGGUGAUGAUGCUUUCCCCAUCCACACACAUAUGUUGAAGCCUUUUGACAUGAACUGGGGAGAGAAACCUGAGGAAACCAUUUUUAAUUAUAGACUUUCACGAGCAAGGCGAGUUGUGGAAAAUGCCUUUGGCAUUUUAAGUGCUCGUUUCAGAGUAUUGAGACGAAACAUAAUUGGCAGUGAGACGCUAGUGCAAAACUUGAUUCUGGCAUGCACUGCUCUCCAUAACAUGCACCUGAUAAGAGAAGACAGUAUCCCACCUCGACAACGUUUGUAUUUACCGGAGGGGUAUGCUGAUGUGUACAGGUCGAAUGGGCACUUGAAGAAGGGUCGCUGGAGGAAUGAAGUGAAACAUGAAGAAAGAAGUAUCUUCCACCGGUUAGCAAUGCAAGAAAUGCCACAUCAUGUUGAUGAAGAGGCUCACAGAGUAAGUGACAAGUUUGUGGAAUAUUGUGUCUAUUCUCCUCUGCCAUGGCAAUAUAAUGUUCUACCUGAAGUUUGAUAUGUUUUUACAUGU